AUGUCUGAUUAGCAGGAGCCUGAUUGGCUGGCUGCCUGCUCCGAGAGAGAUUCCAUUCAGCUUACCCCCCACCCAUCCACCCACCCACCCCUCGGUCAGGAAAUGUGAGCGGGGCUGAUGGAAGCUGAUAGGCAGGGCUGGAGUGUUAGCACCAGGACUGGAUGUGACAGCAGGCAGAAGAGCACUUAGCAGCUUAUUCAGUGUCCGAUUCAGAUUCCGGCAAGGAUCCAAGCAUGGAAUGCUGCCGUCGGGCAACUCCUGGCAUACCGCUCCUCCUUCUGGCUUUCCUGCUCCUGAGCUCCAGGGCAGCACGCUCCGAGGAGGACCGCGAUGGCCUAUGGGACGCCUGGGGCCCGUGGAGUGAGUGCUCACGCACCUGCGGUGGAGGGGCCUCCUACUCCCUGAGACGCUGCCUCAGCAGCAAGAGCUGUGAAGGAAGAAAUAUUCGAUAUAGGACAUGCAGUAACGUGGACUGCCCACCCGAAGCAGGUGAUUUCCGAGCUCAGCAAUGCUCUGCUCAUAAUGAUGUCAAGCACCAUGGCCAGUUUUAUGAAUGGCUUCCUGUGUCUAAUGACCCCGACAACCCCUGUUCACUAAAGUGUCAAGCCAAGGGAACAACCCUGGUUGUUGAACUAGCACCGAAGGUGUUAGAUGGAACUCGUUGCUAUACCGAAUCACUGGAUAUGUGCAUCAGUGGUUUAUGCCAGAUCGUUGGCUGUGACCACCAGCUGGGAAGCACCGCCAAGGAGGAUAACUGUGGGGUCUGCAAUGGAGAUGGGUCCACCUGCCGGCUGGUCCGAGGGCAGUAUAAAUCCCAGCUCUCUGCAACUAAAUUGGAUGACACCGUGGUUGCCAUUCCCUACGGAAGUAGACACAUUCGCCUUGUCCUAAAAGGACCUGAUCACUUGUAUUUGGAAACCAAAACCCUCCAAGGGGCUAAAGGUGAAAACAGCCUCAGCUCUACAGGCACAUUUCUCGUGGACAAUUCUACUGUGGACUUCCAGAAAUUUCCAGACAAAGAGAUUCUGAGAAUGGCUGGACCACUGACAGCAGAUUUCAUCGUCAAGAUCCGUGACUCAGGGCCCACAGAUAGCACGGUCCAGUUCAUCUUCUACCAGCCUAUCAUCCACCGGUGGAGGGAGACAGAUUUCUUCCCCUGCUCAGCAACCUGUGGAGGAGGUUACCAGCUGACAUCGGCUGAGUGUUAUGAUCUCCGGAGCAACCGAGUGGUUGCGGAUCAGUACUGCCACUAUUACCCAGAGAACAUCAAACCCAAACCCAAGCUUCAGGAGUGUAACUUGGAUCCUUGUCCAGCCAGUGACGGAUACAAGCAGAUCAUGCCUUAUGACCUCUACCAUCCCCUUCCUCGGUGGGAGGCCACCCCGUGGACCGCCUGCUCCUCCUCGUGUGGGGGGGGCAUCCAGAGCCGGGCAGUUUCCUGUGUGGAGGAGGACAUCCAGGGGCAUGUGACUUCAGUGGAAGAGUGGAAAUGCAUGUACACCCCUAAGAUGCCCAUCGUGCAGCCCUGCAACAUUUUUGACUGCCCUAAAUGGCUGGCACAGGAGUGGUCUCCGUGCACAGUGACAUGUGGCCAGGGUCUCAGGUACCGUGUGGUCCUCUGCAUCGACCACCGAGGAAUGCACACAGGAGGUUGCAGCCCCAAAACAAAGCCCCACAUAAAAGAGGAAUGCAUCAUACCCACUCCCUGCUACAAGCCCAAAGAGAAACUUCCAGUAGAGGCCAAGCUACCGUGGUACAAGCAAGCUCAAGAGCUAGAAGAGGGAGCUGCUGUGUCAGAAGAGCCCUCGUUCAUCCCAGAGGCCUGGUCAGCCUGCACAGUCACUUGUGGUAUGGGGACCCAGGUGCGAGUAGUCAAGUGCCAAGUGCUCCUGUCUUUCUCUCAGUCUGUGGCUGACCUGCCGGUGGAUGAGUGCGAAGGGCCCAAGCCAGCAUCCCAGCGUGCCUGUUAUGCAGGACCGUGCAAUGGGGAAAUUCCUGAGUUUAACCUGGACUCCACAGAUGGACUCUUGGGUGGCCUGCAGGAUCUGGAUGAGCUGUAUGACUGGGAGUAUGAAGGGUUCACCAAGUGCUCCGAGUCGUGUGGAGGAGGUGUCCAGGAGGCUGUGGUGAGCUGCCUGAACAAACAGACUCGGGAGCUUGCCGAUGAGAACCUGUGCGUGACCAGCCGCCGGCCCCCACAGCUCCUGAAAUCCUGCAAUUUGGAUCCUUGCCCAGCAAGGUGGGAAAUUGGCAAGUGGAGUCCAUGUAGUCUCACCUGUGGUGUAGGCCUGCAGACCAGAGAUGUCUUCUGCUCUCACCUGCUUUCCAGAGAAUUGAAUGAAAUGGUAAUCCUGGCUGAUGAUCUGUGUCGCCAUCCUAAACCCAGCACGGUGCAAGCUUGCAACCGCUUCAAUUGCCCCCCAGCAUGGUACCCUGCACAGUGGCAACCGUGUUCCAGGACCUGUGGUGGAGGUGUUCAGAAACGUGAGGUUCUUUGCAAACAGCGCAUGGCUGAUGGUAGCUUCCUGGAGCUUCCAGAGACCUUCUGUUCGGCCUCCAAACCGACUUCCCAGCAAGCCUGCAAGAAAGAGGACUGCCCCAGUGAGUGGCUCCUCUCAGACUGGACAGAGUGUUCCACGAGCUGCGGGGAGGGUACCCAGACUCGAAGUGCCAUUUGCCGAAAGGUGCUGAAAACCGGGGUCUCCACAGUUGUCAAUUCCACCCUGUGCCCUCCCCUGCCUUUCUCUUCCUCCAUCAGGCCCUGCAUGCUGGCAACCUGUGCAAGGCCUGGGCGGCCAUCCACAAAGCACAGCCCUCACAUCGCAGCUGCGCGGAACGUUUACAUCCAGACUCGCCGGCAGAGGAAGCUGCACUUCGUCGUGGGUGGGUUUGCUUAUCUGCUUCCGAAGACGGCCGUGGUGCUCCGGUGCCCCACGCGCAGGUUCCGCAAGCCCCUCAUCACCUGGGAGAAAGAUGGCCAGCAUCUCAUCAGCUCCGCCCACAUCACAGUGGCACCUUUUGGCUACCUGAAGAUCCAUCGUCUCAGGCCCUCAGAUGCGGGCAUCUACACCUGCUCUGCAGGACCCGCCCGGGAGCAGUUUGUGAUUAAGCUCAUUGGAGGCAAUCAUAAGCUUGUGGCCCGGCCCCUGAGCCUGCGGAGUGAGGAGGAGGCCCUGGCAGUGAGGAAGGUCAGCCCCAAGGAGGCCCUGCAGACCCAUAAGCACCAGAACGGGAUCUUCGCCAACGGCAGCAAGGCUGAGAAGCGGGGCCUCCCUGCUGACCCAGGGAGCCGCUACGACGACAUUGUCUCCCGGCUGCUGGAGCAGGGGGGCUGGCCCGGAGAGCUCCUGACUUCCUGGGAGGUGCAGGACUCCAUGGAAAGAAACACGUCCUCAGAGGAGGACCCGAAUGCCGAGCAGGCCCUUCUGCACCUGCCCUUCACCAUGGUGACUGAGCAGAAGCGCCUGGACGACAUCCUCAGGAACCUCUCCCAGCAGCCCGAGGAGCUGCGCGACCUCUACGGCAAGCACCUGGUGGCCCAGCUGGCCCAGGACAUCUUCCGUAGCCACCUUGAGCACCAGGACAUGCUCCUCAAGCCCUCUGAGCAGAGGUUUCCCCCUGUGGCCAUCCCUCCUCAUAAACACGUGUCUGGCUUCAGCAGCUCCCUAAGGACCUCCUCCGGGGAGGCUGGGGGCGGCUCUCGCCGGCCACACCGCAAGCCCACCAUCCUACGGAAGAUCUCGGCUGCCCAGCAGCUCUCCGCCUCCGAGGUGGUCACUCACCUUGGGCAGACUGUGGCGCUGGCCAGCGGGACACUGAGUGUGCUGCUACACUGUGAGGCCAUAGGCAACCCAAGGCCUACCAUCAGCUGGGCCAGGAACGGGGAAGAGGUUCAGUUCAGUGACAGGAUUCUUCUUCAGCCAGAUGAUUCCUUACAGAUCUUGGCACCAGUGGAAGCUGAUGUGGGUUUCUAUACUUGCAAUGCCACAAAUGCCCUAGGAUAUGACUCUGUCUCCAUUGCCGUCACAUUAGCAGGAAAGCCGCUGGUGAAAACAUCGCGAAUGACCGUGGUCAACACAGAGAAGCCUGCAGUCACUGUGGACGUAGGAAGCACCGUCAAAACAGUGCAGGGAGCGAAUGUGACAAUUAAUUGCCAAGUCGCAGGUGUGCCUGAAGCUGAAGUCACUUGGUUCAGGAAUAAAAGCAAACUGGGCUCCUCUCACCAUCUGCACGAGGGCUCCUUGCUGCUCACAAAUGUGUCCUCCUUGGAUCAGGGCCUGUACUCCUGCAGAGCAGCUAAUGUUCAUGGAGAGCUGACCGAGAACACCCAGCUCCUGAUCCUAGAUCCCCCCCACGUCCCCACACAGUUGGAAGAUAUCAAGGCCUUGCUCUCAGCCACUGGACCGAACCUGCCUUCAGUGCUGACAUCUCCUCUGGGAACACAGCUGGUCCUGGAUCCUGGGAAUUCCGCUCUCCUUGGCUGCCCCAUCAAAGGCUAUCCCACCCCCAAUAUCACCUGGUUCCAUGGUGGUCAACCAAUUGCCACCACCACAGGACUGACACAUCACAUCCUGGCAUCUGGACAAAUCCUUCAGGUUGCAAAUCUCAGUGGUGGUUCUCAGGGGGAAUUCAGCUGCCUCGCGCAGAAUGAGGCAGGGAUGCUGAUGCAGAAGGCGUCUUUGGUCAUCCAAGAUUACUGGUGGUCCGUGGACAGACUGGUGACCUGUUCAGCAUCUUGUGGCAACAGGGGUGUUCAGCAGCCCCGCCUGAGGUGUCUACUGAAUAACACGGAAGUAGAUCCUGCUCACUGUGCGGGGAAGGCCCGCCCUGCUGUGCAGCCCAUUGCCUGCAACCGGAGAGACUGCCCUUCCCGGUGGAUGGUGACUUCCUGGUCUGCCUGUACCCGGAGCUGUGGCGGAGGCAUCCAGACACGCAGAGUUACCUGUCAGAAGCUGAAAGCCUCUGGGAUCUCUACUCCCGUGUCUAACGACAUGUGUACCCAGCUAGCCAAACGGCCUGUGGACACCCAGGCCUGUAACCAACAGCUGUGUGUGGAGUGGGCCUUCUCUAACUGGGGCCAGUGCAAUGGGCCUUGCAUCGGGCCUCGCCUAGCUGUGCAACACAGACAAGUCUUCUGUCAGACGCGGGAUGGCAUCACCCUACCAUCAGAGCAGUGCAGUGCCCUUCCCAGGCCUGUGAGCACCCAGAACUGCUGGUCAGAUGCCUGCAGCGUACACUGGAGGGUGAGCCUGUGGACCCUGUGCACGGCAACCUGUGGCAACUAUGGCUUCCAGUCCCGGCGGGUGGAGUGUGUGCAUGCCCGCACCAACAAGGCUGUGCCUGAGCACCUGUGCUCCUGGGGGCCCCGGCCCGCCAACUGGCAACGCUGCAACAUCACUCCAUGUGAAAACAUGGAGUGCAGAGACACCACCAGGUACUGCGAGAAGGUGAAGCAGCUGAAGCUCUGCCAACUCAGCCAGUUCAAAUCCCGCUGCUGCGGAACUUGUGGCAAAGCGUGAAGACAGGGCACAGGGAAGAACUCUCCCUGGCCACACAAAGGACUCACGCAACCACCUGGGACAGAACUUAAGCUUUGUUUUAUUUAUUUAUUUCCCCCUCCCUCCCCUCACUCCCACCUCCGCCCUCCCCCCUGAGGACCUCAGCAUGUUUUCUCUUUCAGUUAGCUGGAGGACAGAACGUUGGGAAAAGAAAAGGACAGAUGUCAAAAGGAGGUUGCAGAGCAGGCCAGGCAGACAGCAGCCACUCCCUUACAGGGCCGACUCCCUCCCAACCUGGUCCUCAGAGAGGCCUAGAAAGAGAAAGCCAGGGCCCCUGGAAACAGCAGGGAGCCACAGGGUUGAUAAAGAAUUGGUGCAAACAUCAGACAACCAGCAUUAUUGAUGUGGUGUUGAUCCUUUGUCUCCUCCUCUACCCACCCCCAACCCCUCAGUGGUGAUAAGGACCAUCUGAGGCAGAAGCCAACCAGAACUGGCUCUUCUCCUCCCAUAGAGAACUCCAACACAGGGAUAGGUAGUAGUAAAGGAGACAAUCACAGUCGGCCUAGAAAACUCAGUGAUGCAGGAACUGACCCAGGAAGGGAAAGGAGAGCAUGAACAGAAGCCUGUGUCUGCUCAUGUCACAGGCUCUGAACUCCAGAGCACCUGGCAGGUUCAGUGAAGGUGCACAAGGAUGAGCAGAGCUCUGCUUCACUCAGAGUGCCCUUGCUGCAUGGGAGGAGACCUGUCCCUCACAGGGGGAGGUAGGGAGAGUGCUGCCCGCUCCCCACACUACCUGAGUGAACUGUCCACCUAUGCAGCUGCAACAAAGCCGGCCAGAGGUCAACACCUGGCUGGGCAGUAAGUCUGCCCAGCAUCUCUUCUUUGAAAUCAAGAGCCCCCAGCCUUGAACUACUAACUGCUGUGGGCCUGGGGCAUAUUCUGAGCAGGAGUAGGCCGGGUUUUCUGCCUAAACGGUCUUUGCUACUCUACCUAAGGGCCAAGGAUUGGGGUCCCUUUGUAAAAGUCAAUUCAUACAUCCAUUUGCCAGAGAGUGAGUAUCAGGCUGUGGCAAACAUUUCCUUCCUGAGCUGACCAGGGAACAGGGUGGGACAGUGGGUUUGCAGGUGACUGGGGUACACUCUGCCUAAUCCAGCAGCCAACUCCAGGGGCUGUGGUUGCCUGACAGAGCACAAGAGCUGCUAUACAUAGUAUUUAUGUGGCAGGUUGGGUUGGGGGGAUGAAGAGCUGUGGCAAAGCCCAAGGAUAGCUCUAGACUCCAAGAAGGUCCUGAAAGGCUUUUCAACCCACCCUCCCCACAUGGUGAACACUCUAAACCCAAGGCAAUUAACACUCACCAGCUGGGGCAGCUCAUGCACUGCAGCAACACCUAUUAGCUGUGCUGAGCUGGCCACAGCCAAGUCCGGCAACAAACACACUUUAGGACUAUUCAGCCAAUUGCUCAUUCAGCAGAACAGCUUUGGGCGAGUGAUUUUUUUUUUUUUCCUUCCUUCUCCCGCUGAAGGGCCCCAGUUUAGUAGGCUGGGCAGCCUCAGAUAAGCCACCCCUCACACACUCGUGGGAUGCCACUCACCCCAGGGCCACCACUGACAUCAGGGCUGCAUUUCCCAUCCAGCCUGUAAAGUAAAAUUUGGGAGGAAGACAAUGUUAAUCUCUGUCCUCUCUAGGUGAGCUGUGGACAAUUAGGGUGGGUCUUUUAAUUCCUCACCACAAACAUAGGCUCUAAGAAAUCAUGUUACUAAAGAUCAAUGUAAUGUUUAUUUAAAAUAAAAGAGAAUGUUUUCUAUGUAUAUCUUUUGUGAAUAUUUAUUAGGAUUUCUUGUAUAAAAAAGUGCAAUAUUAAUAAUUGUACAUUGUCAUCCAGAAAAAAAAAUAUUGGGAGUUUUUUUUUUUUGUUAUUAACUUCCUACAGCUGUGUUCCUGUAAAUUCAGUGGUGAUCAUUGUAUUUUUCCUUCUUUUUAAUAGAAGCUGGUGUUUAACGCUGGAUCCAUUAUUCACUUUGUACAGAAUACUCUGUAAAAGCUAACAUGGGAUGCUGGGGCAACAGGUGAUUCAUUUGUGUCACAGGAGUGUUUUAUAGAAUGGUAAAGACUUCUUCCAUAGGACUCACGUGGUUGAUUACAUCUAGUUCAACAGGUAUUGAAAAUUGGCAGCCAAUAUUUACAUUUCCUUUAAAAAAAAAAAAAAACAGCUGUCUUCCAGCUCCACCACAUGUCAAGGUGAGGAGUUGGAAAUGGGUUUCAGAGCGAGACGGAGAGCCUAGGUGUGGGGUGGGAAGAGUGUGCUCCUUGCAUGAGAUGAAUGUACAUGUAAUGUUUGUUCUGUGAAUCGUGACUCAGCAGUACCGCAGAUUAUUAGGGCUGCUGGAUAAUGUGGAAGGAGGCACUUCCUCCUCUAAAACACAAAACUGUAUUUAUAUUUUUUUUGUACAGAUAAUACAGCUUAUUUAUUUAAA